AUUUCUGGGAUGUGUUGUGUUCUUUUGAUACAUAAAUGUGUAUUUAUUCAUUUAUUUUUAAUGAUCGCGUGCAGCUGUCACUCAGCCGGUGCGCAUGGCGGACCGGGCCGGAUAUGGACCUCACUGCGUCGGGCCGGCUAGGACCUGAAUGCUGAUUACGAUCCACAAAGGACCCGAGGAGAGAGCCGGGGAAAACGGAGGGCUGCUGGUGGACUGCACCUCCUCCUCCUCUUCCUCCUCCUUCUUCUUCAUCACCUCCUCCUCAUCCCCCAGCGCCGACAUACACGCGGCCCUUCCCUCGCUCCAGACCCGGGGACCCGGGUCGGAGGAGAGGAGAUCCGCGCUUAAUCGCAGCCGAGCAGCCGGUCGGGAGGGGCGAGAGGAGCCGGAGGAGGAACCGGAGGAGGAGGAACACUGCGCGGCUGCGGCGGAGGUGCGCGGCGGGGUCCGUGCGCAGCGGCGUCGGGAGGCUCAAGGACGCAGCGGCGGUGGAGAAGGUCUGGAGAUGCUCUCAGCGGUCAGCAGGGACGUGGACGGCGGUGUCAACAACAACAACAACAACAUCAUCAACAGCAACGGCGUCUGCGCGGUGCCCACGGCCUCUCCUGCGACAUGCGCCAAAGGCAAGGAGGAGAGGAAGGGGAAGAACGUGAUCCGGGGCUGGAAGAGGGACCGGGACCGAGAGCAGGACCGGGACAGGGACCGGGAGCGGGACCGGGACCUGGACGCCGCCGCUCCUCUUUCUCCUCCUGCCCGGACGAGGAAAGAUAAGCCCGGCGAUGGCUCGUCUCCGCCUCCUCCUCCUCCUCCUCCUCCUCCUCCUCCUCCUCCUCCCUCCGUCGUCUUCCUCCCGUCGCGCGCCCUACCCGAGCAUCCUCUCUUCCCUCACGGCGCCGGACACUGCCACCGCGCCGCGCCGGAGCCCCGGAUCCCGGGAGAUAACGGCGACAUUACCGACGUCAACAACAACAAUAACAGCAACAACAACAACAGCAGCAGCAGCAACAGCGGGCUGGAUUGUGGAGUACAAAGCGGCGGCGCGCUUGUUGUCAGGCGGCAGCAUGACGACACGCCGGCGGCCAAGAAGCACCGAGGAGCCGAGAAGGUGGACCCCAUGUUCACGGUGCCAGACCCCCCUGCUCUGGGCCACCCCGGGGCCCCUGGGUCCUCUCUGCCCUCUGCCCUUUCCUUCUCCCCUCCGGCCCUGCACACCUCCACCUCCAAGCAGCUGGUGGUGAGGACCAGGUCCGUGGGGACCAACACCCAGGACGGGUCCGCCUCAGGGGCCCUGGAGGGGGACUCGGCCUGCCUGGGGCCCUGCCAGCCCGGGACCAGCGUCAACCUGGAGGGCAUCGUGUGGCACGAGACCGAGGAGGGCGUGCUGGUGGUCAACGUGACGUGGAGGAAGAGGACCUAUGUGGGGACUCUGCUGGACUGCACCAAGCACGACUGGGCCCCCCCAAGGUUUUGCGAGUCUCCCUCCAGCGACCCCGAGUUGCCCGGUUGGCGUGGCCGGGGCAAGCGGAUGCGCAUGGCCAUGGCCGAGAGGACCUGCGUCGAGUCGCCGCCUGCAGCUAAAGUCCGAGGUCUGUCGCAGCACAGGAGCCGCGGAGCAGGCAUGGCUGGAACCGCUGCUCCCAUCCACAGCAAGGGACGCAGGGGAAGCCUGAACCUCCUCAACAGCAACUGCCGAGCACCUCCUUCUUUCUUCACAGUGGAGGAGGAGGUGAAACCCGCCAACAGCACCUCCUCCCUCUCAUCUGGAAAGCGGAAGAACAAACCGCCGGCCGACCUGGACCUCAGCUUGGUCUCCUCCGACGACAAAAACGGGAACGGCAAGAGGAUCCGAGCCAAAUCCCGCAGCGCCCCGACCACGCCACAGGGCAAGUCUGACCCCUCGUUUAUGGACCCCGGAGGAGGUUGCGCCUCCUCACCUCCUCCCCCGCCCAUCCUCAUCGACUGCCCCCACCCCAACUGCACUAAACGCUACAAGCACAUAAACGGCCUGCGCUACCACCAGACGCACGCACACCUGGAGGCCGAGGAGCAGAGAAAGCCAGACCUGGAGCCCUUGAAGGAUGGGGAGGGCGAGGAUCGACUAUCAGACUGCGAGGACGCCAUCAGCAACAUGACAUAUGACCUCUCAGAGAUAAACAGCACCAACACCAACAGCUCCUCGAAGAGACCCGCUCCUCUGUAUAAGGUGACCACGGUGGGAUCUCCUAAGAACAGGCGACUACUCCUCAGCACUGACCACAGCCCCUUAGUCAACCCCAAGACCAGAAGAACCUCACUGCUAAAAGACGGGCUGCUCGACGACCUCAGCAAUCUGCCCAUCAUCUCCAACAUGACCGUGGUUCUGGAGAACUGCAUGGUACCAGACCGGAACUCCAUGGUCGAGAUGCCCAAGCUGGAAGCCGAAGGCUUCAUAGACAAAAAGGGAGGCGGGUGCGACAAGAGCAAGAAGGCCAACGGGAAGAUAGAGAAGCUGUCCAAGUCACGGACCAACCGGCCCAUCGCUCCGGCCCCUGCUCCCCCAAAGCUGAUCGCCAUACCCAACACACCGUAUCCGACCGGCACGACCGAUACUGCCACCUCACAGCAGAACUCCCCAAUGGCAGCAGUGGGCCUCCCCAGUAAAAUCCUUCCUCUGAAACCCCUUAAACCAAAGCUGAGCAUCGUCGUGGAGCCGAGCAUCGUCAAAGCGACCAUGGUCCCCUGCAGCAAAGAGACCAGGAAGAAAGAGAAACGGAGGCUGAAGGACAAACACAACAAAGACGCGCAAACCAGGACGCCCAAUGGUGACAGCAGUGGAGUCAAAAUGGAAGAUGGUUGUGGUGGUUCCAAAAUGGGUGUCAAGGAAAUUUCCGGAAGCCUUCUGAAGGAGCACCUUAGUAAGCAGGAUGUGACGAACGGGUUCACGGAGAGCCAGGAGAGCCGUAUGGCCAGCAUCCGAGCCGAGGCGGACAAGGUCUACACCUUCACCGACAACGCCCCCAGUCCCUCCAUCGGCGGCUCGUCGAGGCUCGACCCUGGUGGCGGUUGUCUGGCGACGGACAGUAAGAACAACAGCCCCGCCUACUCCGACAUCUCGGAUGCCGGGGACGACGGGGGAUCCUCCGAAUGCCACUCGGAUGGAAUCCGAUCCAAGUCCGCCUCUUCGGAGACGAGCUCCAACUGCAACCACGGUAACCCUGGUAAAACCCCGCCCACUGCACCUGCCCCGCCAUCGAAGGACCCCCAAUCCCCAUACUACCACGGGUACGAGCCCUACUACCUGCAGGGGUACAUGCAGUCCGACAGGCAGAACAGCAGCGGCGUCACUUUCCACAAAAGCUCCAGCCUCGACGGCAAAGGGAAAGACAGGAAGGAGGAAGUGAAAGAGGACGUCAAAAGCUCCUCCCACGACUUCUCGGACUCAAAGAAAGGCGACAGCCCGCCUCAGUCUCAGCUCCAGCUGGCUAUGAGCCAGACCCAGACCGCCUUGGCCCAGUCGCUGUACUACGGCCAGUACUCCAGAGGCCUGUACAUGGACCAGAAAAUGCUACUGGCCUCCAAGUGCUGUGACCAGAUGCACGGUGGCAAGCAGAGGGGCGAGAGGGCUCUGGGGUUGAGAGACGGCGAGGAUGAUAAACACGUGGUCGGGGGUUUGGCCGGUGGACCCCUGCUGGGUAAAAGUCCAGACGGCGCCAAAGGUUGCUGUCCUCAACCCAUCCUGUCCUACGUGGAGAUGAGUGAGAGGGGACAGAGUCUAGGCGCGAAGGCAGCGCACCUGGUAGACCAGCACCAGGUGUCGAUGAAAGACUGCGAUGACAUCAAGUCGCCUUCCUCUUCCUCUUCUUCGUCACUCCACAACCCAAACAGUCAAACAGAUCUGGACUCAAAUGUUUCCUAUUCCAGUCCCUCCGACGGCCCGGCCUGGACUCACUGCCUCGCUCACAGCAAAUACUCUGAGCUACAGCAUGGGGAGGAGGCCGAGGAGGGGGAAGCCGACAUGGGCAGAGAGUGGGGAGCGACCGUGGAGCCUGCCGGGGCCAAGAUGACCUCCGCAGGAGGUGGUGUGGGCGGAGAUGAUAAAAAAGCCAGGGUACACGAUCUCCCGCCGGCCAUCGACUUGGAGGAUCCAGACCGACUGGGCGGGCUGGAGGAUGAAGACCAGGAUCCGAUGGGAGUUCUGGCCGAAGAGUCCCAGAACGCCCGGGCCGCGAUGUCUCCUCCCAUGACCCCCCAGCAGCCCUACAUCCAGUACCAGCACUCCUCCUACCCGCCCUACCUGGCGAUGUGCGAGGGCGGCGGGGGCUCCUACAGAGGGGUGUCCCCAACCCUGGUACACAACUACCCAGGUUUCCACUACCCUCUGUACGGUAAGACGGCGGGCCGCGAGGAGUCCGAGGUGACUCCACCCCCCAGAGGAGGAGGCGGGCUCCAGAGCGGCGACCCGUCCUCGUCCCUGGAGAUGCAGCAGCAGCAGCACCAUGGGAAAUCCCCCGCUCCCGGGGAGAAGGGUUCCCCCGAGGGAGAGAGAGAGGCGGAGCGCGAGAGGAACCACGCGUCGUUUGCCCAACACCUGCACACACACAUGGGCAUGAGCUACAACCUGAUGGCAGGACAGUACGACAUCUACCAAGGGCUGAGCUCCCGGUCGCUGGUGUCCAGUCAGCAGGUGUCGGGUCACUCCUCCACUGAGGGCGAAGGCAAGAAGUAGGACCAUGUGGGAGCCCACGUCUCACAUGAGGACCGGCCGAUCGAUCAGACAUCACUUCCAUGGUGUUCAAUAAGCUUCGCCUCGCUUAGAGGCAGAGAACUAGAAUUUUUAAAAAAGAAACAAAAAGACUCUCCCUUUGAUUUCCUACUCAUGAAACCGUUUUUAUAACGCGUAAUCGAGGGAGCAGCAAGAGGGGCGGGGGAGGCAGGAUCUGCACCGCCGUGUUUUUAUUAAAAGUUCGACGUCCCAGAAUGCCGUGCGUCAGGCCCGGCUCGUGGCGUUCAAUUUUAUUUAAAAAAAAUUCAAAAUUGCACAUUUAUCGUAGUGUAUUAUGAUGAUGAUGAUGAUGAUGAUAAUAUGACUGAAUGUAUCGAAGAAGACUUCCUUGAUGGAGUUGAACUUUUUUUUCUCUCUCCUUAAAACUGGGAAACAGCAUUAGGAAGCUAAAAAGUCUAUUAUUACCCUUCUUCUACUUCUGUUUCUUCUUCUUCUUCUUCUUCUCUUCUUCUUCUUCUUCUUCUGAUUAUUGAAGUGGUCCUCCCUCCAUCGUGCUACCGCUACACAUUUGUAUUACUAACCCGUUCUUGAGCGUAACCAUGUUGAAUGUAUCGUCUUUAUGUGAGCGUAAACCUUCACAUGUAGGAUCCCCGCUGGUGUAAAUACUCUGUACAGAUUCAUGGCGGAGCUCCGACAGGCUUAUAUCCUGCUCUACGUUGACCUCCAUCGGGGUAGGGGCGGAGCCUUUUAACUUAUCGGAUGAGUUUCGUCCUUAGAAAAGAGAGUUUGAGGACUUUCAUUUGUUGCUUAACGACCGUCAGUUCCAGUUUGGGCCUCUUAAGAAGGUUUAAAAAAAGGUUUAGGACCCCAAAGAAAGGCUCUCAGAGACCUGCAGAACUAUGGCUACCAAAUAGACCUUGCGGUGAGGUGGUUCGGCCAAACAUAGGAACACGAACCAAGACUUUCACUCACCUGUCGAUGUAACCAGGUGGCUUUCUUUUGAGCCUAAACCCAACCGGCCAUUAAUGGCCGCUUGUGGAAAAGAGUCAACCUUCUGGAUUGUUUCGUUUGGGGGGCGGGACUUGAAUAGAAACCAGCUGGUAAUUUAUAGGUCUAGAAAAAGGAAAAAGACUCGCCCAAUAUAGAAUACAUUUAGAAUAAAAGAGCGUGGGAGUGACUUCAACACGUGUUACUGUGACUUGAUUCUCAUUCUUUGGGCUUUUAUCAAAAACGAGGUCCAGGCCGGAGUUGCAUUGGCGAGUUCUGCUUCUACCCUCUGAAGGACAGUUCCAGUGUCACACCCGUUUCUUUACUGUUACGUCUGAAGGCUGCUCUAAACUAAAUGGAUUUGUCCACGACCAACAUUUGUCUACUUUGGAAAUAAAAGCAUUUGAUUGCGAAUCCGAACGCUAAAUUCAACGUAAGCCAACUGAAAAUAUAAGGUAACCCUGAAAACACUGGAAUUAUCCUUCUGAUUUCAAAGUUUACGGUCAGUGAGGCCCCCAGAUCAGAAGUCUCACAAUCCUUUGCUCCUCCCCUCACCUCUUACAAGCUAACUAUCUCAUAGAGCCGCUGACAGACCGUUUGAUUAAAAAACACAGUGCUACAGUGAAAAAUAAAAUUUAAUUACAUUUAAUUUGUAUCAUUGUGACGACAUGGCUGGCUUCAACAUCAAAAUAAUAAUCAUAACAUUUAACACUUUUCAGUUAACAAACACAAAGACUGGUUUAGAACAACGACAAGAACAACAGAGUUGUCUUCGAUUGUAGCUUGAAGUAAUGGUGGUUAGUAUAUAUUUAGCGGUCCAUCAGCGGCUCCUCCUCUCCAACACCUCACCUGCCUCGUGUCGGUGGUCAUUCAACUACUUGAAUAUAGUGCUAUAUGAACUCUGUUUACACUUAUAAAGGCUGCUUGGUGUGUGUUCACUCCUCAUCCCACCUGCUGUCUCCCGUUACGACACACGGAGAACUCGUAUAUGAACAUGGAACCUGCUGUUGCUUUUUUAUACUGUAUAUGCCUUAAUUCAUAUGUUUGGCAAUCAUGAUUAAAGGAUGUUUUAUAUUAAAAAAAUACUCUCUUCUGUG